AUGACAUCCGACCAAGAGAGCACCAGCUUUCUUAAGCGAAGCUUGGAGGAGUUGGGCCUCACUGCUGUCUACAACUCGCCCUUCGACGUCAAGCUACUCUGUUUUCAGCGAUUCGUGCGGCUUUUCGCGUAUGGCGCGUCCACGCUCAUCCUCGUCGCCUAUCUGGAGGCGCUGGGCAUUUCGAAGACGCAGAUUGGACUCUUCAUGACCCUGACCCUUGCCGGCGAUAUCUGCAUUAGCUUCUUCCUCACUCUUUUCGCCGACGCACUAGGCCGGAAGGCGAUCCUGGUGCUUGGAGCCGCGUUAAUGACAACCAGUGGCGUUGUCUUUGCUCUGUUUGGCAACUAUUGGAUUCUGCUUCUUGCGGCAAUAGUCGGCGUCAUCAGUCCAAGCGGCAGCGAGAUUGGCCCUUUUAGAGCCAUUGAAGAAAGCAUUGUUGCGCAUUUGACCGAGCCGGGUGAUAGAGCUCAUGUAUACGCUUGGUAUAGCCUCUCAGGGUCCCUCGGUACCGCUUUUGGCAUGUUGACAGGGGGUCUGACUAUCCACCGCCUGAUCAAUGGCCUAGAGUGGGACAAGGUGCAGGCCUAUCGUAUCAUCUUCUACAUCUAUGCUGGCCUCGGCGUGCUGAAGACAAUCUUGGCUCUGAUGCUAAGCCACAAGGUCGAAUCUGAGAAGAAACAAGAGCAAGCGCGUUCAAGAGCCAAUGGCAGCGAAACUACGCCUCUUCUAGAUGGCGACGCUGUGCCAUCGGAGACAGUAGCUGCCGUACCGCCGAAAAGAGGCUUCCGGUCCUUGCUCCCGGACGUAAGCAAGGAGAGCAUUGGGAUGUUGAUAGAGCUCUGCUUCCUGUUUGCCUUGGACUCUUUUGCAUCCGGUUUAGCUACAAUCUCCUGGAUUACAUACUUCUUUCAUACACGCUUCAAUAUUGAAGAAGGAAGACUAGGGACGAUCUUCCUCGUCACAAGCAUAGUCACCGCUGCGUCUAUGCUUCUAGCUGCAUCAGUUUCCAGGAGACUUGGCAAUAUCAAAACCAUGGUCUGCACGCACCUCCCUUCUUCGGUGUGCCUGGCCUUGAUACCACUUCCAAAUGAAGUGCACUGGUCUCUUCUUUUCCUCGUGUUGCGCGCCUGCACUCAGUCCAUGGACACGCCUCCCAGGUCUGCCUUUCUCGCCAUGAUGAUCCUGCCAGCGGAGCGCACGGCCGUCAUGGGAACGAUCAACGUCGUGAGGACCUCGUCUCAGACGUUAGGACCCCUGAUUACUGGGGUCUUGGCAGAGAAGAACCUUCUCUGGGUAUCUUUUGUGAUCGCAGGCGGGUUGAAGGCCUGCUACGAUCUCGGACUGCUCGUUAUGUUCAAGAACAGGGAAAAGGAAAGAGAAAGAACGGAGCAGGAGAGACACGAAGAGGAUCGCUCAGACGGCGCUCGAUCGGACAACUCGUGA